CUUUUAAAGUUCUAUUUCUUUCAGAGGGUAAUAUGAAUUUUUUAUUAUGUUCCAUCAACACACUAAAAGUGUUAUACGAUAUAUCCGGCGUGGAAGUAGGCCAGCAUUUUUAUUGGCAAAUAGGAGGUUUUCAAGUCCAUGCCCAAGUACUUAUUACUUCUUGGGUUGUAAUUGCUAUCUUAUUAGGUUCGGCCAUUCUAGCUGUUCGUAAUCCACAAACCAUUCCUACAGCUGGUCAGAAUUUUUUUGAAUAUGUUCUUGAAUUCAUUCGAGACGUGAGCAAAACUCAGAUUGGAGAAGAAUAUGGUCCAUGGGUUCCAUUUAUUGGAACUCUAUUUUUAUUUAUUUUUGUUUCGAAUUGGUCAGGGGCUCUUUUACCUUGGAAAAUCAUACAGUUACCUCAUGGUGAGUUAGCCGCACCUACAAAUGAUAUAAAUACUACCGUUGCUUUAGCUUUACUCACGUCAGUAGCAUAUUUCUAUGCAGGCCUUAGCAAAAAAGGAUUGGGGUAUUUUGGUAAAUACAUUCAACCAACUCCAAUCCUUUUACUCAUUAACAUCUUAGAAGAUUUCACAAAACCCUUAUCGCUUAGUUUUCGACUUUUCAGAAAUAUAUUAGCUGAUGAAUUAGUAGUUGUUGUUCUUGUUUCUUUAGUACCUUUAGUGAUUCCUAUACCUGUCAUGUUCCUUGGAUUAUUUACAAGUGGUAUUCAAGCUCUUAUUUUUGCAACUUUAGCUGCGGCUUAUAUAGGAGAAUCCAUGGAAGGUCAUCAUUGAUUAGUUUUCGCCAUAGUCUUUUUUUAGCUUAGCCUGACACAAUGUAUACGCUUCGCAAGGGAAUCCACUUAGGCUUAGGGAAGAUAGGGGUUUACAAAAAAGGAAAUUUAUAACAAAAAGAAACAAAAGGGGAUUUAUUAGGAAAGGAGGGGGGGAUCGAACUAGGUGUAUGUAAUCUACUCGCUAUAAGACAAUUUUUGUGGAUGUUUCAAAGAAUUAUUCUAGAAUAGAAUUUGAAUGAAUCUAAGAUACGAAUAGUUGGUUUACGUUAUAGGGGAAAGACAUGUAUAUGUGAUAUUAGAUAUUAACUAGGUAUAUAUGAACUAAAAAUAUAUCUAAUUUGUACUACUAGUGUUGUCUAGGAAUUCCAAUAGUGUUGUCUAGGAAUUCCGACGAAAGUCUUUCUCUUUCGUCUGUAAUUUUGAGUUAAAUAUUGAAUGAAGUUAAAUCACGAAUUAAAGAACAAAGAAUUCAAAGAAUGAUUCCGAAGAAAAGAAAAAAAGAAAGAAAUGGAAGAACAAAAGUGGUACGGAUUCACAAAAUUACGUGGAUAGGAACUAAAAAAAAAAGAGAUAUCGAAG